AAACUCAAGUCCACCUUUUUAUUUAUAUGGAUCAAGAAAACUUGGUUUUGUCAUUUGUGGGUCUCUCCUCCUCCUCUUUUUAUGUGGCCAUUGGCUUAUAGUUUUUAUUAUUCAUCAUCAUCAUCAACUCAAUUAUAUAUCAACACAAACCAUUCUCUCUCUCUCUCUCAAUGAGAAACAGCACAUACAGCAAAACAUGACAAGCAACAAAGGAACUGAACAACCCAACACAGAGUGUUGCAUGUGUGGGGAUCUUGGCUUCUCUGACCAGCUUUUUCAAUGCAGAGUCUGUCAAUUCAGAUCUCAACACAGGUACUGCAGUAAUCUCUACCCAAAAGAUGAGUCUCUUAGAACCUGCAACUGGUGUUUGAGCCAGAACCAAGGGUCACCAAACUCAUCAAAUUCUUCAUCUACUUAUAGGAAUUACAACCGAACCACCGAAGAUGAGAGCAAUAAGAACAAGAAAAUCAGGAUUAUUAACAGUUCUCAUCAGAAUAUUGGAGUUAAGAAAGGGCUUCAGAAACUGAUUAAUAAGAAGCCCAAGUCUCCACCUGAGGCUGGAUCAUCAUCACCACCAUCUAGGUCCACAUCGGUUACGGUUUCGACCCGCAAGAGGAUCAUCACCAACGGUGAAUUGGAGGAGAGGCUGAGGAGGACAAGGUCAGAAGACAUCAUGAACAGAAGUAGUGGCGGUCACGGCGGCGGCGGAGGCGGUGCUGCUAAACCGGUUUUCAAGAAUAAGGUUAGAAGGUACAAGCUUUUGGAUGAAGUUUCAAGUUGAGAUAUUUUUAAGAGAUGAAUGAAUAUAGAAAAAUGGAAAGGGAAAGGGUCUUGUUUUUUGGCUUUCUUUUUCCUUACUCUUCAUAGUUUUGUCCGGAUACAAUGUACAGAACAACGUGGUGAAUGAAUGAACGAGUUGAAACUGUUUAGCCUGAA